UGUUGGUUCGCCAGUGGUUGUGUGUGGACGGACGUAUUUUAUCAAAUAAAAUGGAUAAUGAAACAGCAAUUCGUCUUAUUGAAAUUUAUGGCUCCCAUAGUCCAUUAUGGGACACUAGACGUAAAGAAUAUCACAAUAAUAAUGUGAGAGAAGAUCUAUGGGAUGAAAUAGCAAAAACAUUCGUACAACCAAAAGCAGCUUUAAAAUUGAAAAUGAAAAGUCUUUUGAGUUCUUAUAGAAGGGAGAGAAACAGAGAAAAAACAAGUAAUGUCACCGGUUGUGGUAAGUUUAAUCUUAUUACAUUUUAUAACAGUAGGUACUUAUUAAUAAAUCUCUGGCUGUUUACAUUUUCACUAUACUAAUUCUUAAUUAUCUCUAAACGCGUGGACCGAGUUACAUGAUUCAAACUGAUAAAAUGGUUUUAGACCUAGACCUUUUAUUUGACACCAUAAUCGUUAAGAUAUCUCAACAAACAAAAAAUCUAAUUUUCAAGUUACCCUCGCGAUUAUCCAACAUGUAUGAAAUGCGUAAUUCAAUUCUUUAAUAAGACACAAAAUCAGCUUAUGUUUUAGUUGUUAUAAUGUUCUUUUUUCUGUUGCAGGUAGAAACAAGGCCUAUAAAUCUAAAUGGUUUGCUUAUGAAGCAUUUAGUUUUUUACAUGACAGGAAUAACCCUAUUGAUGCAGUGGAUUGUGGCUCACCCUCAGAGCCGGGUAAUACAGAACAAGCUAUUCCGGUACAAGGCAUUUCAGAACAAGGCACUUCAGAACCAGGAACUUCGGAACCAGGAACUUCGGAACAAGGCACUCGAGACCAAGAUACAAAUACCAAGAAGCCAAGAAAAGAAAUGCCCGCUAACAAGAGGACAUAUCAAGAGUCAGAGUAUGAUGCUGAAAAUCAAAUGAUAGAAGAAGCAUUAGAAGUAAUGCGAAAA